GAGAGGAGGGUUAAACACUUAAACGAGAAGUCGUAAACUGUAAAGGUGAGAGAAACAGGGACGCCACAAAGCGGCAAUCGGUGGCUAAUAACUGAUGCCGCUACUUUGAGUCGCUUUCGUUUUCCAUCAUUCAGUUUCUUCUCCGAGGACCAAGCUUCUCUUCCUUUCGCUUUCACAGUUUGCACUGUCACUGUGUCAUUCAACAUAACCAACUUAACUGCCCAAUGGGUUAAAAUUUUGUGGCAGAGGAGAGAGAAGAGAAGAUGGAGGAGAUGGAAGGAAUGGCAUCAAUAGCAUUGUUACCAAGUGGUUCUUUAUCGGGACACUUCAUCCAACUUCCCCAUUCUAUCUGCUAUGGUCUUCAUGGCUCUGAAUUGCCUUGUGAAAGGGAAUGCAGUAGGGGUGAGGAUUAUCGCCUCAUCAAGCUUACAAUCACAGAUUUCAAUACAAAGAAAGAACAAGUUACUAUUGUCGAGUGCAAAGGUCAUGAUGCUGCUCGGUUCAAUAGCAUUGAUCAUGCUCAUGGUUGGGAGAAGGAUGUCACAGGUAUGGUUGGACAGAAUAAUGGGAAGAAAAGAAUCAUGGUUUUUUUCGAGUGCCAGACAUUGAAAGCUGAUAAAGCAGCCGAAGACCACAUAAGACAGUUCAUGCCGAAAUUAAUGGGGCUGGACGCCGUUGUUAACAUUGGAAGGAUGACAAUUUCUGGGUUGGACUUUGGAAAGGACGACGAAGAAACUGAGUAGAAAAUUUACUGCAACUUGUUAAGCAAAUCACCUAUUUUAAUCUAUUUAAUGUGAAGGUUACAAAGUCGUUCUCUAUGACCAUCCACCAUUUUCGCUUCCCCUUGAAGGCUUGAAAUCAGUCGAAACGAAUCAAUUACCUUUUCCUUUCCAAUCCAUUUAGGACAGCCAAGUGUUACAAUUCAACUCUUUGUGAACUUAACGAAACACAUGUAGGAGUGAUAUGCGUUAUUAGUGUGCACUUGCGUCGGAGUCUAAACAGCUGUUUUGAUUUAUAUAAUUUUAAUAACUCGUUUAAGCAUGAA